AGAGUCGUAUAUAUUUGCCGUACUCAGCGCAACAGGUUAUCCGAACCAUAAUUUUAUUUGGUAGCUCCCCAAACGUUCUCUCCAAUUUCAAAACCCUAAUCCUCCAGCUCCAGCCCUUUCUGCUUCGCUGCGAUCCCCAAUUUUCAUCGGAGGACAAUGAGCAGUCGGAGUAUGAGCAGAACUCUUUAUGUUGGGAAUCUGCCCGGCGAUAUACGCGAGAGAGAGGUGGAAGAUUUGUUUUUCAAGUACGGACGCAUAGCUCAUAUUGACCUGAAGGUCCCCCCAAGGCCUCCUGGUUAUGCAUUUGUUGAGUUUGAAGACUCUCGUGAUGCUGAAGAUGCACUCCGUGGUCGUGAUGGCUAUGAUUUUGAUGGGCAUCGUUUAAGAGUUGAACUUGCACAUGGAGGGCGUGGGCAUUCAUCUUCUUCAGAUCGUCAUAGUAAUUAUAGUGGUGGGCGAGGUGGACGUGGGAUGUCCAGGCGCUCAGAUUAUCGUGUGUUAGUCAGUGAACUUCCCCCUUCCGCUUCAUGGCAAGAUCUUAAGGAUCAUAUGCGACGGGCGGGAGAUGUCUGUUUCUCCCAAGUUUUUCGUGAUGGUAGUGGCACAACAGGGAUUGUAGACUACACAAACUUAGAAGAUAUGAAGUAUGCGAUCAAAAAGCUUGAUGGCUCGGAGUUCCGAAAUGCUUUUGACCGCCAAUCUGUUCGCGUGAGGGAAUAUGAUGCGAAGAGGGACUCGUCUAGGAGCCCUAGUCGCGGUCGAUCUCAUUCAAGAGGCAGGAGCUAUAGUCGCAGUCGUAGUCCAAGUUAUGGCCGGGGCAGAAGCAGGAGCAAGUCUCCAAAAACCAAAUCUUCACGCCUCUCACCCGCUAGAUCUCGAUCAAGAUCUGCUUCUCUCCCCCGUUCGCGAUCAAGGUCUCGCUCUCCAUCAGGAUCACGAUCAAGAAGCAGAUCUCCAGUGCCUUCGAAACGCAUAAGUAAAAGCCCUAAGAAGCACAUUAGUAAAAGUCCAAAGAAGCGUAGUGCCAGCAGGAGUCCAAUCCGGAGCAGGAGCAGGAGCAAGAGUUUGUCACGGUGAUGUGAUGCUAUCCCUGACCUGAAUUUAUCGCUUGGGGGAAGUUUACAAUCUUUGUUAAAGGACUGGAAUUCGGGCGACUUUUAUUUAGCGGACUUUUAAGUUUAUGGAUGGAUUCGUUUUUAAAAUCGUUGUGUCUGUUACAUUGUUUAUUGUGGCGAACUGUUGUUUAACUGAAACUGGUGUUUUACCAUCUUUGCACUUUGUAAUGCAUUUGAGAUUUUUAGCUACA